UGUUGAGGAUAGGUUAUCUUACAACCACGUUCCCGGCGGAAUCCGAUAAGUUUGCGGCCUUGUGAUAUGCAGAGCUUUGCGGGGAGAUCAGAUAACCCGCUUUCCUUCAAAACAUUCGGCAUCGAACGGCUACCUAGCCUAAGUCCUGAUAAUUAUUCCGUUGUGUUUGCAUCCAAGAUCGACCGACCCUUUCGGAUUGGCAAGCCAUCAUUUACAGAAUGGCGCAAACUUAUCUCAUGUGGGUUGGGGGUAAAGAAGAACCAGGCGAGGGGGAGUUAUUACCAGUAGAAGACCCCGCGACUGGGGAAACCUUUGCAUUUUGUCACACGGCAUCGGCGUCAGAUGUCGAGCGCACUGUCGGUCUCGCCCAGGAGGCUUUUAAAUCAGGCAUCUGGUCCAGGUCCUCGCGCCACCACCGCGCCGAUAUUUUAGACAAAUCUGCAGCGCUUCUCACGGCGUCUCUGCCGAGUCUUAUCGCGCUCGAAGUGCGUCAGACCGGCCGGGCGAUCCGCGAGAUGAACGCUCAGGUUCCGUCGUUAGUACGCUGGUUUAAGUACUAUGCCUCGCUUCUGCGUGUGGAGGAGCAGCCUGUCUUACCGACAGCGGGAAAAUUGCACAAUUUUCUGCAACGCGUGCCGCUCGGUGUUGUGGUACAGAUUACCCCUUUCAAUCAUCCCUUGCUUAUUGCUGUGAAGAAGCUUGCGCCCGCACUGGCCGCUGGAAAUAGCGUCAUCGUGAAGCCGAGCGAAUUAACACCAUUAUCGACAUUGCUACUUGGCCGGAUCCUGAAAGAGGCUGGGGUACCCGAUGGUGUUUUUAACGUUUUACCUGGAUACGGCGUCACCACCGGAAAGGCGCUCGUGCAGCAUUCCCUAGUGAAGAAAGUAGACGUCACAGGAGGGACGGUGGCGGGGAAGGAGAUCGGGAAAAUCGUUGGAGGAAAUCUAGCAAGAUAUACGGCAGAACUUGGUGGAAAGGCGCCUUUGGUCGUAUUUGACACGGCAGAUGUUCAAAUGGCUGUGAAUGGAAUUACGUUCGGUAGUUUUAUUGCCAGCGGACAAACCUGUAUUGCAAGCACGAGGAUUAUUGUUGACAACAAAGUCUUGCCGCAGCUGCUAAAGAAGCUAAAGGCGAAGACGGAGUCGAUCACACGGCGUAUGGGUGCACCCAGCAACCCGGAAUCAAUGAUGGGGCCGUUGAUCUCGGCAAAGCAGCUCGACCGAGUUGAGGCGUUAGUAAACGACGCUGUAAACAGUGGCAAGGCGAAAGUGGUAAUAGGAGGAGGGAGGAUGCGUGGUACCAGCUCGCUAGAUGGGACUGACUUCUCUAAAGGGUACUUCUAUGAACCUACUAUCCUUGUCUCUAAAGAGGGCGAUGACAUUAUCGAGACUUGUAUUUGGCGUGAGGAGGCCUUCGGUCCUGUAAUUGUGGUCUUGGGGUUUGACACAGAAGAUCAGGCUGUCAAACUAGCUAACCAAUCUGAGUUCGGCCUCGGGGCCGGAAUCUGGACCCAGAACCUGGCGCAAGCUUUCCGGGUCUCGGAGCAAAUUGAUGCCGGAAUCACCUGGGUAAACACGCAUCAUCGGAAUGACCCAAGUAGUCCAUGGGGCGGUGCUAAGCCGUCGAGUGGUGUCGGAAGCGAGAAUGGCACGGAUGCUUAUAAUGCGUAUACGCUGAUUAAGAGCGUGAUCAUUAGUUAUGCUUCAACUGAGGAGUCACUCGUGACGGAUGAUUGGUUUAGCGACGGGACGGGACCUGUUAGAUACGGCUAGGGGUCGGGAUAGAUGAUAUUUGGGGUAGAAUUUGGCAUAACCCGUGUGUCGAUUUCAUAGUAGUGUUUUUUUUUUUUUUUUUUUUGAUCACUUGGGUCCUUCACCCUUUACUAUGCAUG